AUUACGUGCCACGAGAGGCGACACAACAGGCUCAUUCUAUUAUGAAUGAAUCGAAAUGUAGCCUUAUCGACUAGGUCCUACUUAAAAGUGAAAGGACAUUUAAUUUAGCCUAGAUUGACAUCACAUUCGCUGUUCUGGUAAGCUUUUCGCUGAGUUCAGUACUCCUCUUCUCACUCAGCCUACUUCAGAAGAAACGGAACUUAUAUUUAUAGUCUAGUUUGCAGGGUGGGUUGACAAGGUUGGCCGAAGAAAAUGGCCGAAGCUGCUGUGGAAGAUCAAGAUCCCUUUCGCUGUUCUGUUUGUUUGGAGCCACUGCGGGAUCCAGUAACUAUUCCAUGUGGACACAGUUAUUGCAUGAGUUGUAUCAGUGGUUGCUGGGAUCAAGAGGACCAGAAGGGUGAGUACAGCUGCCCUCAAUGCAGAGAGACAUUUACUCCGCGGCCUGUCUUGAGGAAAAGCACCAUGUUGGCUGAGUUGGUGGACAAAAUGAGGAAGAGUGGCUUUCAGACUGCUUCUCCUCCUCCUCCUGCUCCAUGUGCUGAACCAGGGGACAUCGAGUGUGACCUCUGCACAGAGAUAAAACUCAAAGCUGUCAAGUCCUGCCUGGUGUGUCUGAUCUCUCUCUGUCAGACACACAUUGAGCCUCACUACAACAUCCCUGCUUUCAAAAAGCAUACACUGGUCCAGACCUCCAGACAUCUACAACAGAAAAUCUGCUCUCAGCACGAUAGGCUGAUUGAGGUGUUUUGUCGCACUGAUGAGAAGUGUAUCUGCAUGUUGUGCACCAUGGAUGAACACAAAGGCCACAAUACAGUUUCAGCUGCAGCAGAAAGAAAGGAAAAAGAGAAUGAGCUGGGGAAGACAAGAACUGAAUUCCAGCAGAGAAUUCGGAAGAGAAAAAAGGAACUGCUGGAGUUACGGGAGGCUGUGUCAUCCUAUCAGCACUCUGCUCAAGAGGCAGAGCAGCACAGUGAGAAGACCUUCAUGGAGCUGCUGCAGUCUAUUGAGAGGAGACGCUCUGAGGUGAGAGAGCAGAUCAGAGCUCAGAAGAAAGAAGCAGCCAAAGAUGCUGAAGAUGUUUUGGAGAAACUGGAGCAGGAGCUGGCUGAGUUGAAGAGGGGACAUGCUGAGUUGGAGAAGCUCUCACUUGAGGAAGAUCACGUUCAUUUCCUCCAGAGUUUUCAGGUCCUGAAAUCCUCUGUAUCCAAGACUUCGCCCAGCAUCAGUCUCAAUCCACACAUGUCAUUUCUGGACCUGAGUAAAUCUCUGUCUGCUUUGAAACGUGAAGUGGACGAACUCUGCAAACAGAACAUGACAAAGAUAUCUGGAGAAGUGGCCAGUGUGGAGAUCAUCAUGCCCCAGGAGCCAAAAACCAGGGAGGAGUUUUUAAAGUACUCCUGUAAUAUGACAUUCGAUCCAAACACAGCACACAGCACGAUCACUCUGUCUGAAGGGAACAAGAAGGCGACACGUAAAGAGGAGCAGUCUUACCCAGAUCAUCCAGAAAGAUUUUUAACUCAUGCUCAGGUGUUAGGUGAACAGGGCUUUAGUGGACGUGUUUACUGGGAGGUUGAGCUGGAUCCGACGGAAUAUCCUGAAGCUGAUAUUGCCGUAGCAUAUAAAAGUAUCAGUGCCGAAUGUGAUUUUCGAAAUGAUGAGAAAUCCUGGUGUCUCCUAUGGAUGAUUGACCGAUGCAGUUUCUGGCACCUGGAUGAAAAAACAUAUAUCUCCAUCAUUCCCACCUCUAGAAUAGGAGUGUACGUGGAUCACAGGGAAGGAAGGCUGUCCUUCUACAACGUCUCUGACACAAUGACCCUUUUGCACACUGUCAAUGUAACAUUCACUGAACCCAUUUAUCCUGGCUUCUGGUUGGAAUAUAAAACUUCGGCCAAAUUUUGUUCAUGACAUUCAGAAGAUUAAGUCUACUUUCAAUUCACUUGACAGCAUUGCAGAAAUCAAAUAAAUGAAAAUGACACACAAAUAAUGUAACAUCAAGGGAGACAUUUAAAUCAAACCCCAAAGUUGUGGGAUUAUAUUAAAAUGGAGUAUAGAAUGAGCAGGGAUGAAAAACAAAUCAAAUUGCAAACCUUGCAAGUCACUUUUGAACAGAUUGUGCUGGAGCAUGUGAUCUGGUCAAUUAAAUUCUACCAGUUGCAUUUUCUAGAAGGGGAACUGGUGAACUACAAAGUAGUGGUCUGUGUUGUAACUGUUAUGCUCUCAGUCUGUUUUUUCAUUAAUUAUGUGAAGUAACAACAAUGUGGUUAGGAGGGCACUGUGUAUUGGAUACUGUCUGGAUUGAUUCUUUUUUUCCUCCCCAGCAAUUACUCUGCUGCCUUUCUUCACUAGAUCAAGCGGUGAAUACAUAUAACACAUAAAUAAAAUAAAAUUGUG